UCCAAACUGUAUUUCGUUGCCCAAAGUCAAGGUGUUUAGACGUGCGCGACUGUCUGCCUACUGAGGUAUACCUGUGCCCGUCAUUGGAAAGCCCUUCGCUGUCCCUAGCCCGGGUGCCUCCAGUGCGUUAUUCUUUUGGGAAAAGUGAAAUGGAAAGCUCUAUCUGUUUCCUUUAACUGUGAGUGGUUAAUACGUACAUGAAGUGUCGCCGAUUAAUAUAUAUUUACAUGUAUAUUUGAUAGAAGGGAAGAAGAAAAUAAGAAUCUCCGAGAAAAUAUAUAUACAUAUAAAAACACAAUUAGUCUUUCUACGUGUUAGAGUGACCGAUGGAAGUGGCGGUGUUAAGAACCAGAAGUCGGUAACUUAAAUUCAAAGAACAGUGAAAGAAUGAAGUUACUGGCAGUGUCGAGUGACUUUCGCAAGUGUCUCAGAAAAGCCGCACAAGUUCCCUGCAAAACAAGUGUCUCUCAAGUUAUCUACAGAACAAGUGUUUCUCCAAGUAGUGUGUCAAGCUGGGUACCAAAGUUGCGGCCUAAAUGUGGGAGCCCGCGGGUUAAAUGAAAAUUUUUAGACUGAUAUAUCUUGCCGUUAUCCUGCUGGUGCUGCUGUAUGUGGGCUCAGCAAUGGGUGGGAGCGGAGACAUCGUGCUCGCCGCAGCGUCAGAGAACGAGAGCGGCGUCUGCCUCUCCUUCAAGCAUCGCAAAAAUCUGACGGCCUGCUGCAAUCAUGCCGACAACAUGCAAAUCAUUCGUGUGUUCAAGACAUCCCCGAACCAGGGCAUCUUCCAUUCGUUCGACAAGAGAAGGAUCCUCUGCUACGAAUUGAAGAAGAAGAGGUUCCGAAUCCUCAAAUCGAAAGACCUGCUGACGUGCCACAAGGUGCGACACAGGAGGCGCAGCCGGGUUGACCUCCGAAGCAUGCCGGACGCCGGGCACCGCUGCGAGUCCUCUCUCGCCGAUAUAAAAAACGAAACGAUCACAGUCAAAAAGAGAAAGUACCAGUGCAUGUUGUAUGAAGACCAGAGCAUAGGCUUCACGUACAUCUCAGCGGAGAAAGAGGAUAAGUUCCUAGCGGUGAGAAACGGCAGAGUGCAGAAGGUCAGUAAGAAGAUCAGGGAUAAGCACAAGAAACUGCUUCGCAUCCCUGUGACGAAUAUGGAGAGAAUCGUCAACAGCAGCAGAAACUGUGCUCGCUGAAGCUUGCGUAGUGUCCCUCGUGGUCAGUAAAGGAAGGAUGCUUAGUGGCUGAAAUUCAGGACGAGAGUUUCGUCAGAGCAAGUCUCCACCCCCUACAAGUCAGUAGGUCGGCGAGAACACAAGAAAUGUCAAUGCAAAUUGGCGAAAUCUAUAAGGAAAACUCCAGCGCCUACGAGUGAUACGAUCCGCUCUGCUUUAACACAGUAGUAGGUUAAAGAAAAGUUCUUGAUCAUUACGGGAGCAACGCCCUGAGCGACGUCCGUGGGAAGCUGAUGUACUUAAUUCAGCGUUGAUGGCAAGGCGAAGGAAGGAGACCGCCCGCAAGGCCGCCCGUGUCUCGCCACAGCGGCAACCUCAGCAACAGAUCUGAAGACGGCAAGAUGGUGUAUAAACACUGUAUAAAAACUCUUAUGCUAGUCCCCACACUCUAGGUUAACUAUAUAGUCUAGUAAAAUCUAUUGUAAAUAUCUUCUGAUCAGAUUAUACUUUUUGUAACAAGUUAUUUUCAAGAUUGCAUUAUAUUAUGCAUUUCACUAAUGAUUAUUUUUAAUGUAAUCCUUUUUGAUAUCUUGCAAAUGCAGAGCAAUGCCAAAGUAUUUAACAGUAACCAUUCCAUGUAAAGUGUCCCAUAGCUGUAACCUAUCUUUCUACAAUUAUUAGUCAAGUACAGGAUGUGAUGUGAUG